AUGCAAAAUCAUGAAGAGUUACUGGAGGAUAUUCGGGACGACACUUCUGUGAACCUUAUACCUGAGAAAGAUUUACCAAAAUUUGGUGAGCCAUUACAAAAUGUCACGAUACCGGUGGGACGAGAGGCGAUAUUGCAGUGUGUGGUCGAUAAUCUACAAACCUACAAAAUUGCGUGGCUGCGUGUCGAUACACAAACGAUACUAACGAUACAAAAUCACGUAAUAACGAAAAACCAUCGAAUGAGCAUAACUCAUGCUGAGAAACGUGCUUGGAUAUUGAAAAUUCGUGAUGUCAAGGAGUCGGACAAAGGCUGGUAUAUGUGUCAAAUAAAUACGGAUCCGAUGAAGAGUCAAGUUGGCUACCUGGAUGUUGUAGUGCCACCCGAUAUUCUCGAUUAUCCAACCAGCACUGAUAUGGUAAUACGAGAGGGUUCGAAUGUUACGCUGAAAUGUGCAGCAAUUGGCUCACCAACACCGACCAUCACAUGGCGGCGAGAGGGUGGCGAGCCCAUACCACUGCCCAAUAACUCUGAAGUUAUUGCCUACAAUGGCUCCUACUUAACCAUUUCGAAGGUGAAGCGCUUGAAUAUGGGCGCCUAUUUGUGCAUCGCUUCCAAUGGCAUUCCACCGACGGUCAGCAAGCGAGUAAUGCUAAUUGUGCACUUUCCCCCAAUGAUUUGGAUACAAAAUCAACUAGUCGGUGCCGCUAUUACUCAGAAUAUUACUCUCGAAUGCCAGUCGGAAGCGUAUCCAAAAUCCAUUAAUUACUGGAUGAAGAAUGACACAAUCAUUGUGCCGGGUGAACGUUUUGUGCCCGAAACCUUUGAGACUGGCUACAAAAUAACGAUGCGAUUAACCAUAAACGAUGUUGACAUACUGGAUUUCGGCUCAUAUCGUUGUGUGGCAAAGAAUUCGCUGGGCGACACAGAUGGCACAAUUAAACUCUAUCACAUUCCGCAAACAACGACAGUGACCACAAUAGCACCAACUGUGGCACUCAAUACUGUGCCGGUGGUGAUUGCUAAAUACAACAACAAAGAUCAACGUUUCAAUAAAAAAGUUCAUCGCACAAAAGCGAAUGCAGCAGACAUGGCAUCAUCAUCGCUGAAUAAUGUAUUUGUUGGUGCCACAUCGAGCUUAUGGAAUUCGCAGGAUCUCGGCACGGGGAGGGAGCAUCAUCAAUCGCCCGAUCACAGCAACUACCGCAGCGAUGCGAAAUCGGCCACGAACAAACACGACGCCGAUUCGCUGACCGACGACAAUGACGCCAUCAACGGCGCAGCCUGCACCACAGCAAGCACGCAUGCGCUGCUACUUUAUGUAGGCGCGGCACUAUUUUUCGCAUUUCGCGUGCGGGUGUAGCAAAUAGCAAAGGGGGAGAAACAACAACAAUGGCAACCAUAUAACUGGCGGAAGCAGUAAUGGGACGGACAAACUGUAAAUUAAUUAUUAUAAUAAAUAAAGAAAAGUUAAGGCCUAAAACAAAUAAGAAUUACAAGUAAAAUAAAUUUAGGCGUAAUUUAAAAAAACAAAAACAAAAAACUGCUUAACGAGUAUGGGAAAUUAAAAAUAAAAGCAAAAUGUUUUUAACUGUAUAUGUAUGUAUGUAUGUUAAGCGCUAAGCAACCAAGAGACAAAGCUUAUAAAUAUUAGCAACAUUUUCGUAAGCUGCGUUGGCUGAAAUGCAAUAAAUUAGAUGACAAGAUUUAUAUACUCAAUUAGUUGCCUAAUUUAUUGACAGAAAAAAAACACGAAAAUUACAGAAAGCAGAAAUAGUUGUAAAUUAAUUAAGUGUAAAAUGCAGUUAAUUAAAUUUCGAUUAAAAUCAAGGAAGUGUAUAGGAAGCAAGCGGAAAAAUUAAACGUCAGUUGAUUUAUGUAAAUUAGUGCACUCUGCUUGAAUAGUUUAAGGCUCCGCAUUAGCGCGCGCAGGCAUAGAAAUCCAUACACAACAUGUACAUACAUACAUAUGGUACGCAUACACACAUAGGUAUACAUAUACAAAAGUACAGUUGUGUUACACACAAAUUAACAUUAAAUUACUGCAUUUUAUAUGUAGUUGUAGCUGUGCUGUGUAACGGUGCAACACCGCAAUGCACAUUUGUUGUUAACGAAGCUUGGUUUUGGGAGGAUUAUAUGAAAAGAAGAAGAAGAAAAUUAAUGAAAUUAUAAUAAGUAUAUAAGGCAACUAAUUUAAGCUAAAGUCAAAUAAAUUUACUAUAAGAAGGUGAA